AUGGCUCCAGCCGGUGGCCGCCUUGACCAGCCGAGCAGCCCUCACUCUUGGAAACCCGGAUCCCGCCAGCGGUACAAAGCCCUACAUGAUUCGCUCCUGCCUGUCUCUUCCGCUGCCUCGGACGCCGCCUUGCGCUCCACACGCGGCUCCAGUCACGCGGGCCAAGGUCUAGCUUCUGAGCACCUGAAAGAACGUAAGACAGGAACUCUGCCUCAUUCACAUCGGAUUCUCAGGCAUUUAGAACAGCGUGAAGCACAAACACGAGGUCUCAAGUCUUUUGGGCUACACCCGCAGCUCAGCGCUGACCGUGUGCUCUUGACACCGGGUGGAGGGGUGGUUGGGUAUCCACACUGGAAAAACGCGCCUCCCGCGCGGAAAAAGCUUCCCGCCCGACGCCCCCGCGCUCAGCGAACUCGCGCUCCUCAGAACUCUUUUCCCCGGGCAGCCCCGCCCCUCGGCCCAUCAAUGGGCACUUCGCCCUCCGGCCGCACGGCGGCGUCUCGCCGGGACGCGGCGGCCGAUGGUACAGUCCAUCCUCCCCGCGCGCCUCGAGCAGUGGGUCCUUCCAGUCAUAGAAAAGCAUUGUGGGAAAGCCGCACGUUCUUUCUAACCUCACCUCUCUUUCAGCCUGUACGGCGGCGGAGGUUCGGACGGUCCCGGGCCUGUGGCCGCUUGGCCUCCGACGGCUGGGGCGCAGGGCAGGAGCGCGCGGCCGCCCUGAGCCUAGUGAGGCUGGCGCCGCGGCCGGGCCGGGUCCGAGGCUCCCGGUUCCUGAACGCGUGUAGGACAGCGGCCUGGUCUGGCCUCCGCCACGUUGUCGGUGAAAGAUGGACGCUUGAAGCAUAGACUGCUGCUAGCUGACUACUUACUAUCUGGGAGCACAAAGAUGACCUAAGGAUGUCCUCGGUGAGGAACUUGACAACUUGAUCUUCGGGAGUUGCUUAGAGUAUUUAAAAUUUCCAGGAUUGCUAAAAAAAUACUGCUUUUGGAUAGUCCAUAAAUGUACAUCUAAAACAGUGGGGCUAUAAAUAAAAUAAUUUAAUGUGCUUCUUGGA